AGGACCCAAGGAAAACCCCGUGUUUCCUUCCCAGAACCUCAGACCCUUCUAGCCGGGAACAAUGAUGACAAUGGCGCCUGUCCUGUUGUCUCUGCUGUUCCUUCUGGGUCCUGCAUUCCUCCAGGAAGCACAAACUGAUCAUUACUCUCUGACCUAUCUCUACACUGGGCUCUCCAAUCCCAGUGAAGGCUACCCCAAGUUUUGGGCCGUCGGCUUCCUCAAUGACCAGGAAUUCUUCCACUACGACAGUGAAAGCAGGAAGGCUGAGCCUGUGGGACCAUGGAGGCACGUGGAAGGAAUGGAGGAUUGGGAUGAGGAGAGCAAACUUCAGCAGGCCACGGAAGACAUCUUCCUGGACACGCUGCAAGACAUCAUGGACUAUUACGAUGACAGCAAUGGGUCUCACACCUUUCAGGGAAAGUUCGGUUGUGAGCUGCAGAAUAAUGGAAGCAGUGGAGCAUUCUGGAAGUAUGCCUAUGAUGGAAAGGACUUCAUUGAAUUCAACAAAGAAACCCCAGCCUGGGUCCCCUUGGACCCGGCAGCCUGGAACACCAAGAAGAAGUGGGAACCUUAUGUGGAGAAUGUCAAGGAGUACCUGGAGGAGGAGUGUCCUGAUAUCAUGCAGAGGUACCGGAACUACAGCAGGCAUAUCCUGGACCGGCAAGAUCCUCCCUCUGUGGCAGGCACCAGCCACAGCAAUAUCCGAGAUGACGUUAUCAUCCUAUGCCAGAGUAUUCACAUCUACCCAGAAGGAAGUGGUCUGAAAUGGACUCUGGACUGUUAAAUGCAGGAGUCUGAGCGAGCAGUGAGUCCAAACUGUAGAACCUAAUAAACAAUAAACUUCCCCAGCACAACACA